UUAAUCUGUACGUAUAUCAUUCUGAUUUUGAACGAAACAAACUUUCAACAAGACACGAGCGGACGGAUAUUUCUCGAAAAACAUUUUUAUCAUAAGCGUAUAUUAUUGUUUACGCAUAAAAUUGCCUACGUAGUGCUAAUAAACAAUAAAUUAACAUAACAAUGAGUCAUACAAUUUUGCUGGUUCAGCCGGGCCCGAGGCCGGAAACUAGAACAUAUUCAGAUUACGAGAGCGUAAACGAUUGUAUGGAAGGUGUUUGUAAAAUAUAUGAAGAACAUUUGAAGAGGCGGAAUCCGAAUACGCCGACGAUAACCUACGAUAUUUCUCAAUUGUUUGAUUUUGUUGAUCAGCUUGCAGACCUCAGUUGUUUAGUGUACCAGAAAUCAACAAACACCUAUGCACCGUACAACAAGGACUGGAUAAAAGAGAAGAUCUAUGUGCUACUACGUCAAGCUGCUGGUCAGAGUGAUUAGAUUAAGCUAAGUGUAGGUUUGAUUCUAAUGUAUAUUAUUGUGCGAUAACGACUAGUUAUGGUUUGCUGAUUGUCUUAAAGCCUACACAUGUUUUUAAGAAGGUUGAAGUCAUGUUUUUGAAUUGCACUGCAGUAUGUUUACUGCACAGUAUAAUUGUAAAAGAAACAUGUAAUUUACUUGUUUAAAAACAAUGUGAACAUAGCUUCUAAGUCUAAUUAGAUUUUAUAUAUUACAAGUAAGUCUUUUAGCAUACCACUUCAGGUUGAUUGGGUAAUGUGACUUUUAAUUCAAUCAGAUCCUUUAUUAUGGUCAUUACAAAAGCUAAAUUUGGUAGAAACUUCUUAAUAAGAAAAUUUAAAAGUACAAUACCUUCUAAAAAAAAUCAUAAUAAAUUCUCUAUUCUGUUAAGUAUUUAGGACUCAUUUAAAGGUAGAGAUGUUAGUUGGUUUUUAGCUCAAUAUGAAGCAUAGAAGGUAGGUGGGCUGCAUAUAUUCAAACUGGCCUCAAAGUCAAUUGAUUGGCCUAUAGUAAGGAAGAAUGUUUGGCAUUCAAAUUGCACUUGCGUUUGCUUGGUUGGUAGCUUAUUGAUGGCCGUCAAGAAACAACCUUAACACCUUCAGAUUAACAGCAAAAGCCAUCAAUCAGAUAAAAUUAGUUGCAACAAAUGAAAACUGACAUAACUAGUCAUUGUCACAUUAUUAUAUAAAGUGUUAGUAUAAUCUCAGUACAAUACAUUUUGUUUAUUAAUAUUCGUCUUUUUCUACAUCUCCAGUGUUAUUUCAUGAAGCUCAAAUAGUCGUAGAUGUGGGUAUAUGGUUUGAGCAGUUGAUAGAGGGCACAGUUGUAUAAGGGCAGUGGUAUUCUGUCAAUGUACCUAAAGGGCUGUCAUUGGUUUAGAACUGGCCGGUUUAGUGCUGAGGAAUAAUCAGCCCUCAUCAAUUGAUAGUCUACCUGGACGCCAUCUCCUUUUGCAUCAGGUGCAAUGGAGUUCCUAGAUAAAACGGUUUCACUCACAUAUUUUUAUUUGGAAUCGCCCACAAGUUUCAUCUCAUUACAUAGGAUAUCUUAAUAAGUGACAGACAGACGCCACAUUGUGUACGCCUCUCCAUCACCUACGGUUCGGUGAAUCUGAUUAAGAAUUUGUGAGUGAAAUAUUUUUGGUUAUCCAACGGCUUUACUGCGCAAACUACGUGUAUAAGAAAAUAUAAUAAUCUAUGAGAUUGAUUUGAUUGCGCUCAAGGUACCCACACCUCUUGUUUUUAUCACAAAUCUCAGUUUUUUUUGCAGAAUUAUAAUUACAUAAAUCCACAUUAUCACCAUAAAUAUUCAAAGCUAAUUGUUGUGUAAUGAAAACUGUUUAUAAUUAAUAUAUCUUACAAAAUGUAAACCACUGAGAUUUAUUGUUUACUAAAAGGUUUUGUUUUGUGGGUGAUGUUUGAAAAGGUUCAAAUAAGUUGUUAAUUUUACUUGAAUAAUACUGUAAUGACUUACGGUAAAUGCAGCUGUUUGUACAUCAAAAUAUUACUUAUUGUUUUAUUUACAUAAAAAGAAGUUUAUAUUAAAACAAUAAUCUGUAAGUACUUGUACAAUGGUAUAUAGAGUUAAAUAUUUCCAUAGUAUAGUAUUUACCUAGUGUAUAAAAUAAUAUUUUGCAUUGAUAUUAUUUUCACUUGGUCACCAAAUUUUUGUUACAAAAUGGCUAUCAGCCUACACGACUAAUUAUAAUUUUUUUUUAUGUAAUCCGAGUUAAUAACGUGUUAGUAUUUACUUUACAAAUACCUACUACAAGAGGCGGCCUUAGGGGGGAGGCGAAACUGUCAACGGCCCGGGGCCUCGCGCGGUGGCUUGGAGGCCCUUUUCCUACGAUCUUAACGAAGAAAUAUUAAAUCCGGGGAACUGUUUCAUUACUAGCGCGGGGCCUCGCGUUGUUUUUUCAUUUCGCCAGGGGCAUUCGUUGUUUAGGGCUACCACGGCUAACUACUGUUUACGUACGGCCUAGACCCGCAUGUAAAGCAGUUGCCUUAAGAUUAAACAUAAAACUAAAAUAGCCAGAGGUAUAUAAAGAUUUAAAUAUCUACCAAAACUACCAAAAAUAUUCACUCAAACCUGCUUCACGUAAAACAAGAUUAUAUUUUUAGCAAAUCUGCGUAAAACACAAACUUUUAUGGCUCCAACAAAUAUUACAAAGUUGAUUUCUAAAUGUCACUUGGUGGAUUGUCCUGCCACGGUGGAAACUAUAUGUGGCGGAUGGACGCCGGAUCAGAUCUUGACCGCCAUUUUUUUAGGCUAAGAAACAGCUAAGAAAUUAAUAUUAAUUAGACCUUACUUGUACGUAAGUACGAUAAAUUUAAUAUUAAAUCAUUAAAAGUA